UGCCUGACUUUACAGCGAACAAACGCUAUACCUUGAAUCAAGGUCGAAAAUGGAAGGAUAACUAUCAUUUCCAGGCACCAAUGGUUCCAAAGGAGUUAUCCAACGCUGAGGCGGAUUAUUGGGUUGGCGAUGUAGCACACCGCAGAAAACGCGCAACGCUGUGCUGAAAAACUCGCUCGCGACGAAGAUUCAAUCCUUGUGUAUAAAAGCGACCCUGAAGAUCCUUUUGUGAUGUCAAAAGCUAAGGUGAAUGCACGACCAAUCACAUAUAAGAAAUAUCUUCAAGAUUAUCCCCGUGCCGAAACACCUGAAGCAUCCUCGGAUGUUGGUGACAAGGAAAACAAGGAUUUGACAGAGGCGCAGUUGGUGGAAACCUUGGAUACACUAUUUCUUAUCGACGAUCCAGGCAACGAUGCACUAUACAACAGUGUUUCCAUUUCCAAUUCUGCUGUAAUCAAGAUGUUGGCACCCCAUCUUCGAGAUGAUCUCCGGACCCCAAAAAGCUUGGGCAAUGGUGUAGUGAAAAUGAUGACAGUUGAAGCCAAGCCAUUCAACAGCACUGACAAGGAUUCGCAGAAAGAAAGACGAAGAUCUUUAUAUAUGCUUAAAACGCGAUAUCACGAAAAAGUAAUCAUAGAAAUCAAAGACCAUUUGUCCCGGUAUCAGGCAGAGAUACAAGAUAUGAAGAAUGCUGGGAUCGAGGUGCUCGGUUAUGUCCGCAAGUCGCCAUCACAGGGCAAAAACGACAACAAUAGAGUAAAGUUGCUGCAACAGAUGGUGAGCCGUUUGCAAGAACGCUCUCGCGUUGACAAAGUUUAUGUGUCGCCUUGUUGUACCAGUAGUGGUCCAUUACUGGUUAGCUAGGGACAUGCCACGGCCUACAAGUAUUUUAGAAAAAUUGCACAACGUCGAUGGUUCUUGCCAAGAUCUUCUCAGUUAUCUCAAGGCCACUCCCAAGGAUAUUUGUUUGGUAGCUUUGGAUUUCGCAGGUUUGAGCACCGACUGCCACGAUAUAUAUCAAUUUGUUUGUGACAAUACCCGUAUACAGAAACUUGUGAUUGAUCUUAUACCAUCGUUAUCAAAAGUGAUCAUUUUCGACCGACGGGAUAUUAUUUCC